AUGGAAGCGCGCAAACCAGAGGUAUUGUGCAUAGGCUUUGGUGCACUCGGCACGAUCUACUCGUUGCUACUCUCGCGCGGCGGCGCUUCCAUCACUGCGGUUGCACGGUCCAACUACACUACGCUGACUACAACAGGAAUCGACAUCGCUUCAGCAAAAUACGGCGAUAUUCCCAACUGGAAACCAGAUCGUUGUGUUCGAGAGUCGGAACCAGACACCGCGCAGGAUCGGUACUACGACUAUGUGUUGUGUACGUUCAAGAAUGUUCCUGAUCACAAGAGGGCCAGUGAGAUCAUCCGACCUUUUCUAAAGGCACCCUGUGGGGAGGAACAGAAGCUGCCCACGAUCGUGUUGCUUCAGAACGGAGUAGGAAUUGAAGAAGAGGUUUCUAAAGCGUUGGUGGAAGGCGAAGAAAGGCUAGCAAGUGGGAUUAUUAGCGCGGUUGCUUGGAUCGGAGCGAACUUGGUAGAUGGUGGCAAAAAAGUGACACACGGUGCAUUGGAGAGGCUGCAAAUGGGUACGUAUCCUAUACAGGCAAACGAACAACAAAAAGCAGCUCUGGUAGAGUUCACCCGGAUCUAUACAAACGGCGGCGGCGGCGGAACGGCAGUGCAAGACAUUGAAACGAUCCGAUGGCAAAAAGUGCUCUGGAACGCUGCUUGGGGCGGGCUUUCGACUCUGGCACGACAACCAGUAUCGGCGUUGCUUGACGAAGAAACGCUCCACUAUUCCAUAGGCGUCGUGCGCCGAAUCAUGCUGGAGAUUGUCUACGUAGCGCGAGCCUGUGGCAUCUCUGAAGAGCGUUUCCCGAUGGCUAGCGUCGAUCAAGCCGUCAACAUCACAGUCGCCACCUCUCCCGUGGCUGCGGUCAACGAUGCAAGCAAAGGCGGCAACCUAGCAGCGCACUUUAAACCGAGCAUUCUGUUGGACUUGGAAAACGGUCGACCGAUGGAAUUGGAACCCAUCAUCGGAAACGUGGUUGCCAGAGCAAGGGAGCAUGAUGUAGAUACGCCCAGGUUGGAUCUGAUCUUGGCAGCGUUGAAGCCAAAUCAGGUGGACGCGAUCAGGAGGGCUGACGGUGAUCGAGUGGAAAAACGUGGAGUCAGCACCACGUUUUCGCAGCUCACUGCGACGAGUAGAGGCAACUGGCCGGCUGGUGCGCCUGUUUCCAAGGAUUCCAGAACCUACCUGUAG